CCAGGGAGGACAGCGUCCGGAGCUCUGGGGAGGGUCGGAAUUGUCUCGCCCGCGCCCCUUCCAGCCCCUCAGCCCUGUAGCUUCAGCUUCGGCCUCUCCAAGUACCCCGGACCACCCUGCAUCCCCCUGCCAUUUAGCUGCGGCUGCGGACCCUCUUUGAACAGAAGCACCUUUUUAUUCCCCUCUACGCGAGACAGGGAGAGCUUAAAGGGCUCGGGCGCGCCCUCGGCGCACCUCGAUGGAGCGGGCGAUGCCCAGCGUCGCUUCCGCGCUCUCUAUUUGCAGCUGCAGCACGCGCAGGUCCUUACGGCGCGGGGCGAUGGAGUCGACGCUACGCAACAGCAGCAGCCACAGGUCCGGAGAGGACGCGGGCCCUGGCGACAGCAGCAGGUGGUGGACAGUGACGCACAGCGUGCCACGAAGCGGGGGGGACCCCGUAGAAGCUCAGCUUGGGCCCAGCCGGUAUGGAUCAGCUCGGAGAACUCCAUUCUGCCAGUAAGAGACCCGGGGCCCAGCAGAAGGCCAGACUCUGAGAGCGUCAGGAGGGGCAGGCUGGAGCUCCGAAAGGGAUACGAACUGCCUGGGCAGCUGGCAACGCCGUCUGGACAGCUGUUAAGAAGGCCCCUCAGAGGAAAGGAUCAUAGUUUCACAGGAAUUUCCCCUCAUAUUGCCAAUAUCUCUUAGCGAGGUCCCUGGCCAGAGACUGUUAUAAGCAAAUCUCCAUGUCAUAGUCUGUGAAAUGGGGAGAAUAAUCUUGCCUAAAGUCCUUAACCCCGUGCCUGGGUUGCAGGAGACACUCAAUAUUUUUUUUUUUUUGAGACAGAGUCUCGCUCUGUCCCCUAGGCUGGAGUGCAGUGGCACGAUCUCGGCUCACUGCAACCUCUGCCUCCCGGGUUCACGCCAUUCUCCUGCCUCAGCCUCUCCAAGUAGCUGGGACUACAGGCGCCUGCCACCACGCCCGGCUAAUUUUUUUUUUGUAUUUUUAGUAGAGACGGGGUUUCACCAUGGUCUCGAUCUCCUGACCUCGUGAUCCGCCCGCCUCGGCCUCCCAAAGUGCUGGGAUUACAAGCGUGAGCCACCGCGCCCGGCCUGACACUCAAUAUUUUUGUAUUUUUGUUUUUUCAAGCCCUGAGGUGCUAGCACUACUGCUAACUUUAAAAAGAAAGAAAAGCCGGGCGCAGUGGCUCACGCCUGUAAUCCCAACACUUUGGGAGACCGAAGCGGGGCGGAUCACCUGAGGUCAGGAGUUCGAGACCACCCUGGCUAACAUGGUGAAACCCUGUUUCUACUAAAAAUACAAAAAAUUGGCCAGGCGUGUUGGCUCACACCUGUAAUCCCAGCACUUUGGGAGGCGAGGCGGGCCAGCCACGAGGUCAGGAGAUCGAGACCGUCGUGGCCAACAUAAUGAAACCCCAUCUCUACUAAAAAUACAAAAAUAACUGGGCAUGGUGGCGCGCACCUGUAAUCCCAGCUACUCGGGAGGCUGAGGCAGGAGAAUCGCUUGAACCCAGGAGACUGAGGUUGCAGUGAGACGAGAUAGCGCCAUUGCACUCCAGCCUGGGCAACAAGAGCAAAACUCCGUCAAAAAAGAGGAAGGAAGGAAGGAAGGAGGGAGGGAAGGAAGGAAGGAAGGAAGGAAGGAAGGAAGGAAGGAAGGAAGGAAGGAUAACUAUUUCUUCCACCGUACCCUGGUGGAAGGGCCGGAAAGUGGAUGUGAAACUGGAAACUGCCUACUUCCUCCCAUACAUAAGAAACUUGGAGGCAGGGCGCGGUGGCUCACGCUUGUAAUCCCAGCACUUUGGGAGGCCGAGGUGGGCGGAUCACGAGGUCAGGAGAUCGAGACCACGGUGAAACCCCGUCUCUACUAAAAAUACAAAAAAUUAGCCGGGCAUGAUGGCGGGCGCCUGUAGUCCCAGCUACUCCUAGAGGCUGAGGCAGGAGAAUGGCGUGAACCCGGGAGGCGGAGCUUGCAGUGAGCCGAGAUCGCACCACUGCACUCCAGCCUGGGUGACAGAGCAAGACUCUGUCUCAAAAAAAAAAAAAAAAAAAAAAAAAAAAGAAACCUGGGUUGGGGAAACCCUUUGGUCCACCUUAAAUGCUGCAGCUGUGUAGCUGGCGCCCCUCCCCCACCUCGCAGCCCUGCCAGGGCGCCCUCUGUGCAGCCCACUUUUGGCUGAGUCCAGACCUCAAGAGCCCCAUCUGCUAUCACGCCAUCAUUUCAGCAAGUGUGUGUUGCCAGUACAGUGAGCUAGCUGGGCCCUGUGUUUGGUGCUGGGGCCCCGGGAUGACUGGGGAAGGUUCUGUUCACAGGGUUUUCAGUCUGGCAAGAGACACAAUUAAGCUGGUAAAAUUGCAGGAAGAGAGCUGAGCCAAUUCACCACAGGACCCAUCUAUUCAUCCAUCCACCUUCUUUUUCUUUUGUAAAUAUUUUUGUGGAGAUUGGGGUCUCCCUGUUUUACCCAGGCUGGUCUUCAACUCCAAGCCUCAAGCAAUGCUCCUGCCUUGUGGCCUCCCAAAGUGCUGGGAUUACAGGCAUGAGCCACCAUGCCCAGCUUAUUUUAUUUAUUUAUUUAUCUACUUAUUUUCUUUCUUUCUUUCUUUUUAAUUGAGAAUAAAGGAAUAGGGUUGGGUGCAGUGGCUCAUGCCUGUAAUCCCUGCACUUUGGGAGGCUGAGGUGGGCGGAUCACUUGAGGUCUGGAGUUCGAAACCAGCCUGGCCAACAUGGUGAAACCCCAUCUCUACUAAAAUAUACAAAAAUUAGUGGUGGCAGGCGACUUAAUCUCAGCUACUUGGGAGGCAGAGGCAGGAGAAUCUUUUGAACCCGGGAGGCAGGGGUUGCAAUGAGCCGAGAUUAAGCCAUUGCACUCAAACCUGGGGGAUAAGAGUGAGACUUCUCUCAAAAAAAAAAAAAAAAAAAAGAAUAAAGGAAUAAAACAAUGGUACUUCAUAGGCAGAGAAGCCUUUUUUUUUUUUUUUUUUUUUUUUGAGACAGGUUGGCCUCUGUCACCCAGGCCUGGAGUGUAGUGAUGUGAUCAGGGCUCACUGCAGCAGCUUUGCCCUUCUGGGCUCAAGCAAUCCUUCCAUCUCAGUCUCCCAGGUAGUUGGGCACAGGCAUGUGCCACCAUGCCCUAAUUUUUUUUUCUUUCUCAUCCUCUGACUUUCAAUCCUGCUAUUUUUUUUUGAGAUGGAGUCUCACUCUGUUGCCCAGGCUGGAGUGCAGUGGCAGGAUCUCGGCUCACUGCAAGCUCCGCCUCCCGGGUUCACGCCAUUCUCCUGCCUCAGCCUCCCAAGUAGCUGGGACUACAGGUGCCUGCCACCAUGCCUGGCUAAUUUUUUUUGUAUUUUUUUAGUACAGACAGGGUUUCACCAUGUUAGCCAGGAUGGUCUCGAUCUCCUGACCUCAUGAUCCACCCCCGUCGGCCUCCCAAAGUGCUGGGAUUACAGGCAUGAGCCACUGCUCCUGGCCGAGUUCGAAACCAUUAUGAGCAACAGAGGAAGACCUCAUCUCUAUCAAAAAUUAAAAAAGAACAAAUGCUUUUACCUCGUUGCACUGCUGAGAGCACGAUGGGUCAUCAGCAGCUGUACUGGAGCCACCCGCGUAAAUUCGGCCAGGGUUCUCGCUCUUGUCGCGUCUGUUCAAACCGGCACGGUCUGAUCCGGAAAUACGGCCUCAAUAUGUGCCGCCAGUGUUUCCGUCAGUACGCGAAGGAUAUCGGUUUCAUUAAGUUGGACUAAACGAUCUUCCUUCAAAGGAUUAUCCAAGGCAUCUACUCAAUGAAAAACCAUGAUAGUUCUUUGUACAUAAAAUAAACAUUUGAAAAAAAAAAAACAAAAACAAA